AUGGGUUCUGCUGGUAUGGCACUCGGUCCUGAUGGAAAGCCAUUGAAGAGACAAGAAAAGAAGAUCGUUCGUGGAAUGGGCAGGCCGUUUAGAGGCAUGGUCGCAGGCAUGGCAGGGCGCCCAAUGCGAGGUGGACCCAUGAUGAUGAACCAUGGAUAUGGCAGGCCGGUCCCAUACGGGAUGGGGCCAAUGGGCGGUGGUUUCGGUAAUAGACCUAUGCCAUUCGCGGGUCCAAUGGGAUAUGGGCCUAAUGACCAAAACAUCAGUUUCUUCAAUACUCCACAACCUGUGCCUCCUCCGAUGGGCGACGCUAGGACAGGUCAAAUGCAGUCAGGUCAACAACAGGCAACUCCAUCAGCAACUACAGUGGGAAAAGGAACAGUAGGAGGACAAGGCACAACGAACAACCAGACUGAAUCAAACAAUACGAAUCAAACAAACAAAUCAAACACUUCAAAUGAAGUUCCAGGAUUCGGAGCAAACAGCAGCAUCCAUGAACUAUUUGGUAAAAUGGUCUGGAAGAAAAUGGAAGGUAUUCGAGAUGAUGCGGUUAUUGACCGACUUCAGAAUCGUAUAAUGAAUUUGAUUCAUGAAGCUCUUGCCCAGCAAAAUGAGCAGUCAAACGGAAGUGAGUUGAAUUUUCGCUAUUCCAUUAUUUGUCAUGAGGCGGAGGAUCCAACCAGAACUCGUCCGCAAAGAACGACCAGUCGGGAAAUUUCAGAUCCUACUAAUUACGAGGCGUGUAUCUCUCAUACACCAAUGGCGGACACGGAGGGUGGUGCAGCUGCAGUCACGACAGAUUCAUCCCUAAAUGCGACGAUAAAGCAGGAACAGUCAACUGGUCAGAGAAAUGGUGGAACUGUGAAAGUUGAGGACGUUAGUACAGUGAGAGAUGAUCCCGACAAAGAGAAAAAAUCUCAGGCAGAUGAUAUAAUCGCAAAUGUUACAGAAAAGUUCUUCCCUGGAGCGAAAAGAGCUGCUGAGCCAAUUCCACCAAUGCACUCAGCUCCCCCGUUCAUGCCCGCGCCACCAGGGAUGCCAGGAAUUCCACCUCCGCCAUUCAUGAUUCCUCCGGCUCCCAAUGCUCCACCAAAGGACGCUAAAAGAAUCAAAUUCAAUGACGAGGACAGUGAUGAGAAUGAGCUGUUUGGUAAGGAUCUGCGCACAGCAAAACUGCUCUAUAAGAAGUUGAAAUCAAUUGCAAGCCGCAAGCGUCUAGAGAUUCUACAUGUUUCCAUAAUGGAAAUGGUAAGACAAGCACAGGAAGAAGACGAAAGAGAAAGGGGUGUGGUGAAUACUGCUUCUAUUCCGGCUCCUCCGCCGUCCACGAACUGA